AUGGCAGACAUCACAUUAGAAGAGAGAUUGAACAAAAUACGCUCUCCAAAUCUUGAAAGCCAAAAACAGACCGCUAUCAUACUUCAGGCUGUCGAAUCGACUCUUAAAGAGCAACAUGAGGAGACUACACCAACAGCGUACUUCGCUGCCCUUCUCGGACUUCUUAACCAAUCCAUCGACCAGGAUGCAUCCACGAAGAGCCUCAACACUCCCAUCAUCUACCUGCUUGACCUAGUGACUCCCUACACGCCGCAUGGUAUUCUACGAGCCAAGUUCACGCAAAUUCUUUCGGCAUUGGCCCCGAUACUUAUACAGCGAGGUACAGAUGCACCGCUACUUCGCCCGUGUAUUGGAUGUUUAGAAUCGAUUUUGCUAGCACAAAACUCCACUGCCUGGGAACUUCCAGCCACCGAGAUUAGCCCUCGUCGGGCUAUGGUCGGCCUCCUAAUCCUGUCUGUCGAUCAACGUCCGAAGGUGAGGAAGAGGGCGCUAGAGGCUCUUCGCAAAGUCUUGGAUACUCCUCCGCCCGGUCCGACUUUGGACCAUCCAGCCAGUGGCAUGUGCGCCGAGGCCGCAUUGGCAGGCCUGAAAGACCUUGACCAACACACCAGCCAGGAAAAGAAAGACAUACGCGACGACAGCCAAGCCACCAACAACCCGAAUUUGUUUCGCUCCCUGCAACUUGUUCGUACGAUUGCCUCGUCAAGCUCUGGUUGGCCCGGAAAGAAGAUCGAUACCCUUUGCGAACUUCUCCUCGGAAUUGCCCGGUAUGGCAAUGAUCACAUGUCUGUUGCGGUCCUCGAGGUCUUCGAAAUCAUUUUCAAGGGCAUGAGCAAUGAAAUUACUAAAUCAAAGCUUGGUCGUCUCCUGGAUAUCAUUUCAGAACUCCGCCCAGCUCCCAACGAUACACGGCUGCUACCCCCGUGGAUAGCCAUUGUUUCCCGCGGAUAUGACGUGUCGGCUCAAGUAGAACCUGAGGAUACAUUUUAUAAACUCCCAGAGCUGUUCGAUUUGGUCGCCCCUUAUCUCGAAUCCCCGUCCAGCAACAUUCGCAUCUCAGCCUCUGAGUGUUUAAUCUCAUUUUUGGCCAACUGCGUACCAAAACAAGUCAUCUUACAGCCGUCGGUCUACGAUGAAAAGGUUUUGGCGAAGCUCGCCAAGUCUGGAGAGGAAUUUCUCGGUGUCCAAUAUCAACUGGCAACGCAAGAGGUCUAUAAUGUCCUUUCGGCCAUGUUUGAUACCUUCCGGUGGCAGGCAGAUCCGUUUCUUUCAGAUAUGACCAAAAUCCUUGGUGAUAUAAGAGGAAGAGAGUCAUUUACGGCAAAAAAGGAGGUCGAUAAGAUUAUUGGGCAUGCCAUUCGAGCCAUGGGUCCAGCCUCUGUCCUCAAGAUCCUACCGCACAACCUCCUUCAGCCCUCAGCACGACACCCUGGCCGCGCAUGGCUUCUCCCUCUUUUUAGAGAAUAUACGACAAACACAAAUUUGGCAGACUUCAAGUCGGAAUUUGUUCCCCUCAGCAAUGCCAUGUUCCAGCAUGUUCUUGACAAUGGCGACGCCGAAAAAACAACAGAAAUCAAAAUUUUCGAAACGAUUGUACAGCAAAUUUGGUCCAUAUUUCCCGGCUUUUGUGACCUGCCUCUGGAUUUAGUGGCUUCUUUUGAUGGCAGUUUUGGCGAGCUUCUGGCGAAUAUUCUGUAUCAACAAGUUGGACUACGAUUUGACAUCUGCCGGGCUCUGAAACUGCUGAUUGAAUCCAACCAGGCUAUUGCGUCUAUCGAAGACGAAGAAGACCUAUUUUCUCAGUGCAGGGUUACCAAAGCAGAGGCUGUCGCUAACCUCGACUACUUGGGCUCAUUUGCCAGUCAAUACCUUGCUGUUCUUUUCAAUGUCUACGGACAAACCCUGGCACAGUCCCGUGGUCCGAUUUUGCAAACAAUCAACGCAUUCCUCAGCAUUACUCCCAGGGCAGACUUGGUCAAAUCUUUUGAUGAGGUUUGUAAACUCCUUGCCUCGACACUUCGGAAAGCUGACGGAAUGCUUUCUACACCGAUGAAUGCGGAUGGCCAAAAUGCAACAGCACAGGUCCCAUCUACAAGCCAUACCUUGAUUGACCUCGUGAUAACAAUGGCUUUACAUCUUCCAAGAGAAAGCUAUUCAACGUUAUUCGAAAUUGCCGCGCUGGCCAUUGUCAAGGAAGACGAUCCGCAACUCCAGAAGAAAGCCUACAAGCUCAUUCCACGACUUGCCGAAUCUGAGGUUGGCAGAGUAGCCCUUGCAGAACGCCACGAGGAGCUUCAGAAUUUAAUGCUGGCCAGCGCUGAGAAUGUGUCUGCCCCUGCUCGACGGGAGCGCCUCGCAGCACUUGCCGCUCUUCUCUCUCUCAGCCCCAACGACACCCUACACUUUAUCCCUUCUACACUCUCUGAAGUUGUUAUCAGUUGCAAGGAACAUAAUGAGCGCGCCAGAACUGCAGCGUUCGAUCUACUUGUUAUUAUGGGAGAGAAAAUGAAGGCGGCAAGCGGAGUAAUGAUUGACAACAGCAAAAUACCAAGCAUGGCCAACGAUGCACCAUCAGUCGUUGCUAGCAUUGAAGAAUUUUUCACCAUGGUGAGCGCUGGUCUUGCUGGUUCGACACCACACAUGAUUUCUGCAUCUAUCACGGCCAUCACUCGCAUUUUGUACGAAUUUCACAGCUUGCUCGACAAACAGGCGCUUGGCGAUCUGGUUCAAACCGUCGACUUAUUUUUGACAUCGAACAACCGAGAAAUUGUUAGUAGUGUCCUCGGAUUUGCGAAGGUGUGCACCAUCAGCCUCCCAGUCGAGAUGGUCGGCGUUCGGCUUCCGACCCUUAUUCCCAACCUCAUGCGCUGGAGCCAUGAACACAAAGGACACUUUCGUGCGAAGGUGAAGCACAUUCUCGACCGAAUGGUCCGACGUUUCGGAUUCGAUAUUGUCAACAAAUACUGCCCUGAGGAAGAUCGUAAGCUGAUCAACAACAUCCGAAAGACAAAAGAGCGCAACAAGAGGAAGAAGCGGGUCGCAGAUGAGGCAGGUGAUGAGAGUGAGGAUGAAGAGGGGGACGAUGAGGACGAGAGAAAGCCUCAAGGCAACCGUUUUGACAGUGGGUUCGAUGCGGCACUCUAUAGCAGCGACUCUGACAAUUCAGGCGACGAGGGCGGCGACGCCAGUGCGGAACACCCGGCUAAAGAGAGAAAGAAGCGUGGAAAUAAUGGCGGGCAGGCGUUCAUCUUAGAGGAAGAGGGCGAACCCUUAGAUCUACUUGAUCGUAAGGCAAUUGCCAGCAUCUCAUCUACGCGGCCAAUGAAGAUGCGGAAGCCAGGGCUCGGCAAGGCAAAAUUCAACGCGGAUGGGAAGCUUGUUUUGGGUGAAAAUGACUCUGGGAAUGGCAACGGGGAUUUCGACAUGGAUAUUGACCAGGAAGAUGGCGGAGCGGAGAGUGGCGUCAAUGCUUACCUGUCCGCCGUUUCGGGAAAAGACGUCGCCAAGAGAGGCUAUCGCGGCAAACUCAAGUGGACCAACAAAAGAGGCCAUGGCGGUGAUGAUGACGAUGUGAUGGAUGAGGAUGAGGCCGCAGCCAUCAAAGCAAAGCUUGACAAGGGUCCAAGUGGCGGCCGCAUUUCUCCUCGUGGUAGCGGUCGCAAUGGAAGAGGUAGCCGUGGUGGAAAUAAUGGACGCGGCCACAGUCGUUCCGGAAGCGGUCGUGUUAUGUUUGGAAGAAGGGGGCUUGGCGAAGAUAAGCGAAUGGGCGGAUCGUCGGGAGGUGGACGAGUAGCGAAAUCAUGGCCUCAGAAGCGAUAA